ACUCCCGGAAGUAGAUUGCGCCAGGGAGAGGCCUUACCGCGGUGUGUGUUUCCGUCUACGUGGAUUAAACAUUGCUUCGCUCCGUCUUCCUGGAUUAAACGUGCACUUCGCAGUCAUCACUUCUCCAUACCAGUGAUCUGGGGAUCGCUACGGACCUUAAAAUAUCCAUAGCCCCUUCGCCCCUGCAACAGCCACUUCUCCCCACGUUUGAUGUGUGAAUAAUUACAUUGACUGAGAAAGAAACCCAGAAGAGGAAGAAGAGGAAAGAAAAGGAGUCAGUGAUGGCUACUCAGGGACCUUUGACAUUCAAGGAUGUGGCCAUAGAAUUCUCUCAGGAGGAGUGGAAAUCCCUGGACCCUGUGCAGAAAGCUUUGUACAAGGAUGUGAUGUUGGAGAACUACAGGAACCUAGUCUUCCUAGGUAUCUCUCCUAAAUGUGUGAUCAAGGAAUUACCACCAACAGAGAACAGUAAUACAGGAGAAAGGUUCCAAACAGUGGCACUGGAAAGACAUCAAAGCUGUGAUAUUGAAAAUUUAUACUUCAGGGAAAUACAGAAACAUCUAUAUGACCUUGAAUUUCAAUGGAAAGAUGGUGAAACAAAUUAUAAAGAAGUGCCAGUGCCCCAUGAAAACAAUCUUACUGGUAAAAGAGAUCAACAUAGUCAAGGGGAUGUAGAAAACAAUCAUAUUGAAAACCAGCUUACAUCAAGCUUUCAGUCACGUCUGACCGAACCGCAGAAAGUUCAAACUGAAGGGAGAAUGUUUGAAUGUAAUCAAACGGGGAAGACAGGUAAUAACGGUUGCUUAGUUUCUCCACACAUUAGGGAAAAACAUUAUGUAUGUAAUGAGUGUGGCAAAGCCUUUAAAGCAUCUUCCAGCCUUAUUAAUCAUCAGAGGAUACAUACUACAGAGAAACCUUACAAAUGCAAAGAGUGUGGCAAAGCGUUUCAUCGGGCCUCACUACUAACUGUACAUCAGGUAGUCCAUACAAGAGGGAAAUCAUAUCAAUGUGAUGUAUGUGGCAAGAUCUUCAGAAAAAAUUCAUAUUUUGUAAGACACCAAAGGAGUCACACUGGACAGAAAGCCUACGUGUGUAAUGAAUGUGGUAAGUCCUUUAGUAAAAGUUCCCACCUUGCUGUUCAUCAGAGAAUUCAUACUGGUGAAAAGCCUUACAAAUGUAAUCUGUGUGGGAAAUCCUUUAGUCAGCGUGUCCAUCUUAGACUUCAUCAGACAGUUCAUACUGGAGAGAGGCCCUUCAAAUGUAAUGAGUGUGGCAAAACCUUUAAACGGAGCUCAAAUCUCACUGUACAUCAGGUAAUCCAUGCAGGAAAGAAACCAUAUAAAUGUGAUGUAUGUGGUAAGGCAUUCAGACAUAGAUCAAAUCUUGUAUGUCACCGGAGAAUCCAUAGUGGAGAGAAACAAUACAAAUGCAAUGAAUGUGGCAAGGUCUUCAGUAAACGUUCAAGUCUUGCAGUGCAUCGGCGAAUUCACACUGUAGAGAAACCUUGCAAAUGCAGUGAAUGUGGCAAGGUCUUCAAUAAACGUUCAAGUCUUGCAGUGCAUCAGAGAAUUCAUACUGGACAGAAAACUUACAAAUGCAAUAAAUGUGGCAAGGUCUACAGUAAGCAUUCACGUCUUGCAGUGCACUGGAGAAUUCAUACCGGAGAGAAAGCUUAUAAAUGCAAUGAAUGUGGCAAAGUUUUCAGCAUACAUUCACGACUUGCAGCGCAUCAGAGAAUUCAUACUGGAGAGAAACCUUACAAAUGCAAUGAAUGUGGCAAGGUCUUCAGUCAACACUCACGUCUUGCAGUGCAUCGGAGAAUUCAUACUGGAGAGAAACCUUACAAAUGCAAAGAAUGUGGCAAGGUCUUCAGUGACCGUUCAGCUUUUGCAAGGCAUCGGAGAAUUCAUACCGGAGAGAAGCCUUACAAAUGCAAAGAAUGUGGCAAGGUCUUCAGUCAAUGUUCACGUCUUACAGUGCAUCGGAGAAUUCAUAGUGGAGAGAAACCUUACAAAUGCAAUGAAUGCGGCAAGGUCUACAGUCAAUAUUCACAUCUUGUAGGGCAUCGAAGAGUUCAUACUGGAGAGAAACCUUACAAAUGUAAUGAAUGUGGCAAAGCCUUUAAUCAGGGCUCCACACUGAAUAGACAUCAGAGAAUUCAUACCGGAGAGAAACCUUACAAAUGUAAUCAGUGUGGGAAUUCCUUUAGUCAGCGUGUCCAUCUUAGACUUCAUCAGACUGUUCAUACUGGAGACAGACCUUACAAAUGUAAUGAGUGUGGCAAAACCUUUAAACGGAGCUCAAACCUCACUGCACAUCAGAUAAUUCAUGCAGGAAAGAAACCAUAUAAAUGUGAUGAAUGUGGCAAAGUAUUCAGGCACAGUUCACAUCUUGUAAGUCACCAGAGAAUCCACACUGGAGAGAAAAGAUACAAAUGUAUUGAAUGUGGCAAGGCCUUUGGGCGGUUGUUUUCCCUCAACAAACACCAAAGAAUUCAUUCUGGCAAAAAACCUUAUAAAUGUAAUGAGUGUGGAAAAUCUUUUAUUUGUCGCUCAGGCCUCACUAAACAUCGAAUAAGGCAUACUGGAGAGAACCUUACAACUAAACUCAAUGUGACAAGGCCUUAGACGUUGUCCUAGUUUCUAGAAUCACUGAAUAAUUCAUACUUACUGUUAUAGCUUGUAUAUUUUUCCCUUCUCUUGAAAUCCCUGUGGAAUUGUAAUCUCCACUAUUGGAGGUGGGGCCCGUUGGGAGGUGAUUGGAUCAUGGAAGUGGAUUUCUCAAAUUGAGAAAGAUUUAGCAUCAUCCCCUUGGUGCUGUCCUGGCAAUAGUGACUUCUCUUGAGGUCUGACUGUUUAAAAGUGCAUAGCACUUCCCUGUUGUUUGCUCUCAUUCUCACCAUGUGAAAUACCUAUACCCCCUUUGCCUUCCACCAUGAUUUUAACCUUCCUGAGCCUUCCCUAGAGGGUGAUCGGAUGCCAGCACCAUGUUUCCUGUUAAGCUUUCAGAAGUGUGAGCCAAUUAAACUCUUUUCUGUAUACAUUAGCCAGCCUCAGGUAUUUUUUUGUAGCAAUGCAGUUAUGACCUAAUACAUUUACACAUGCAGUAAAUAUAGCUAAGUUUUAAGCUAGUGUUCACUACUCACUGGGUGUAAGAAUAUGUAUACAUAUUCCAGGAUGUAUGCAUACUGGAGAAAAAUCACAGAAGCAUAAUACGUGUGGCAAGAAUUCUACUCAAAAGCCAAAACUUGUGAAUCUAGGUAAUUCAAAGGGAUGUAUGAAAUGAAAUGAGGGUGGCAAAACCUUUAGUAGAGUUCAAUCACUACUUGUCAUAAGAGAGUUUAUACUGAUAGGAAAUCAUAUAAAUGUAUGUGUCAGAGGCUUUCCCCAGGCAUCAGAACUCACUAGGCAUCAGAAUAUACAUCUUUGAGAGGAACCACAGAAACGUAAUGUGCAUGCUAAGGCUUUUACCCCAACAUCAAAAUGGAAACAGAGUAUUCAUACUAGAGAGCAACCUUACAAAUGUAACAAAUGGUUUUAAAAAAUGAAA